UAGACUAACCAUUUAAUCAAUAAAAACUAUAACCGUAUUUCAAUUAUAAUAAAAUAACGAACAUCGACGCUCAGGCGCUCCUGCGUGACGUCAUUCGUGUUUCCCGCCGAAUUAGCUAUGGACGACCUCAGAAAGCAGGAUUUUCCCCUCAAUGACGCGCUUCAGGAGCUUCUGCAGCAGGGCGCGGCGCGCGCGCGACAGCUCGGGGACGCGCAGCGCGAGCUCGACACGCUGCAGCAGGCGUCUCUUCUGCAGCUGGAGCAGAGCGGUGAGUCUGCUGGAUCUCAGGUGAAGCUGCAGGAGAAGACGCUCGCUGCUCUGGACUGUGAUACGGAGCAGCUUCAGCGCAGCGUCCUCCGUCUGGAAGCACAGAUCCACAGCCUCCUGCUGGAGAACCUGGAGCUCCGGAGCUGGACGGAGGAGCAGCAGCAGCGCCGGCGCUCUCAGCAGACGGAGUUCAGCUCGUACCGCAGCCGUGUGACGGAGCACCGGACGGCCGUGUGUCUGCAGGAGAGCCGAGCGCACCUCCAUCAGGAGCUCCAGCAGAAGCAGCAGGAGGCGUCUGGACUCAGACUCACGCUGGAGGAGCUCCAGACCGACCUCCAGAAACCGGUCCGGCAGACGCAGAAGGAAAUCGACGUUCUUAAGGCCAGUAUUCUUGCAGCGAGACAGACUGUGAUGGAGAGAGAAGCUCAUCUGGAGAACGAACAGCACACGCAGACACGGCUGAGGAGAGAGAUCGAGAUCCAGGAGCGCAGAUGCGAGGCCAUCCUGAAGCGGCUGCGCAGUCAGCUGAAGAAAGCUCAGUCGGGUCACCUGCAGCUGCGCAGCGACGUCACACACCUGCAGACGCGGCUGGACGAGCUCCGGGGUCAGCUGGACCGAGACGGACGCUGACGGGUCAUGAUCAUCUCCGCUUAACAAAACAAGUUAAAUGUUCCGUGGGAAUGUGUUUGAAUCAGAGCUGCAACACGAUUAGUCGAUUCAAAAUAAGUGUAUGUUUACAUACGAUAUGUGUGUGUACUGUGUAUGUUUAUUAUGUAUAUAUAAAUACACACACAUACAUGUAUAUAUUAAGGAAAAAUGUGUUAGAUUUAUAUGUAAAAUAUUUAUAUUUAUUAGUGCUGGGCAACAAUUAAUCGCAUCCAAUAUAAAAGUUUAUAUUUAUGUUCAUAUAAUUAAUA